UUUCUUUUUUAUAGUUUCCAUUUCUUUUAUCAACAACCUUUUCAAAGAAGAGGAGAGUUGUCAUGUCAAAUAGGAAACAACACUACAAUUCUAUUCCGUCAACUGACGAAGAACAACAGCAACCACAACAACAAGAAAAUGAAAAUCAACAUGGUAGUUAUCCUUUAUUAGGUAGUAGAGGGAAUAGUGAAAGUACAUGGUUUGAUCGUUCAUUUGGACGUGUCAAGCGACCUGUAUUUAUCUUGUUUAUAUUAGUUGGUCUUACAUUACUGGUGACUAUUGGAUUUAUCUUUUUACUUCCUUCCAACAAACCACGCGACAUAUGGCAUAUUCGUCCAUUGAAACCUGGCAUCUCUCCUCAGGCGCAACAAGCUGGUCUGGACAAAUGUAAAGCAAUCAAGACUCCUCGUAUUGAAAACAAACCAAGUACCGAUCGUAUCAACCCUAGAGGUCAAGGUUCAACUCCUAUCUUACUGAAGAAUGCAAAUGUCUGGGAUGGUCAAGGCGGUAUCUUGAACAAUGUAGAUAUUUUAUUGGCAGAUGGCGUUAUUCAACAAGUUAGCACCAAUAUCAACUCAAAAGAUAUCAAAACUAUUGACGUUAAGGGUCAUAUCGUUUCACCUGGUCUUGUUGAUAUGCAUUCACAUUUGGGUGUGGAUUCUUGGCCUGAAUUGGCAGCAACUUCUGAUACGAAUGAAAUGACUAGUCCUAUUACUCCCUUUGUUAAAUCAAUUGAUGCUUUCAACCCUUCUGAUAUAGCCAUUCGCAUUGUAGCUUCUGGUGGUGUUACUUCGGCAUUAGUGUUACCUGGAAGUGGAAACUUAAUCGGUGGUGAAGCAUUUGUAUUCAAGCUUCGACCUGUCAACACAACAAGCAAUGAAGAUAUGUUGGUUCAAGCUCAUAUUGAUGAAACAAAGGAACGAAAAUGGCGAUAUGAAAAACAUGCUUGUGGUGAAAAUCCAAAGAGAUUCUAUGGUAACCAAGGAAAGAUUCCAUCUACUCGACUUGGUGAAGGAUAUUUAUUCCGCAAAGCUUAUACGGAAGCUCAACAACUUUUACAACAACAAAAUGAUUGGUGCUCUGCUGCUGAAAAUACAUCUGCUCGCCUGGAAACCCGAUUCCCUGAAGAUAUCGAAUUGGAAGCUUUAGUAGCUAUUUUACGCGGUGAUGUCAAGUUGAAUGUUCACUGUUAUGAAACUCAUGAUUUGGAAGCAUUCAUUCGACAUUCUCUUGAAUUCAACUUUACAGUGGCAGCUUUCCAUCAUGCCCUUGACGCUUAUCGUGUACCUGAUAUUUUGAAACGAGUUCCCAACAACAUUACUAUAGCAACUUUUGCCGAUCACUGGGGAUAUAAGAAAGAAGCCUUCCAAGCAUCUCCUCAUGCUCCUCGUAUUCUAUUGGAUGCUGGUAUUCCUGUUGCCUUAAAAAGUGAUCAUCCUGUUUUGAAUUCUCAACAUCUCGUUUUUGAAGCAGCAAAAGCUCAUCACUAUGGUUUGACUGAACAAGAAGCUUUCCAAACUGUCACUUCUGUACCAGCAAAUGCUAUUGGCCUGGGUCAUCGUAUUGGUUCCCUCAAAGUGGGUUAUGAUGCUGAUGUGGUGAUAUGGGAUCGAUCUCCUCUGGAAUUAGGUGCUACUCCCCUUCAAGUCAUUGUGGAUGGUAUACCUUUGUUUGAUGAAAAAGAAAUCCCGCCUGUUGUGGACAAGACAAAACCAAAAACAACUGGUAUGAUUAAAAAUGAGGUUCAACAAAGCAUCAUCACCUCAACUGGCGCUUCCGAACAACAACAACAACAAUCGUUUGUGCUCACAAAUAUCGGUAGAAAUCUUCUUGCAAUGGAUCAUGAAGACAAGGAAAACUCUGAUGAUGUACUCGUGGUCGACAAUGGCAAGAUUGUGUGCUCUGGAAAAUGUGCUUAUGCUUUGAUUGAUAAUGAUAUUCAAAAAAUCGAUAUCCAAGGUGGAUAUAUUGUUCCUGGUCUUGUUGCUGUUGGAUCAUCCCUUGGCUUGGUAGAAAUUCCUAGUGAAGGUAGUACUGGUGAUGGAACUGUAUCAGCUAGUACUUCUCGUGAUGCUAACCAGAUUGUGGAAACUGUGGAUGGACUUAAACUUGGUACUCGACAUUUACAAGAAGCUUACAAAGGCGGUGUUCUCUCCGCUAUUACUGCUCCUAUAUCAAACAAUGUGGUUAUCGGUGUGAGUGCUGCUUUCAAAACUGGUGCUGAUUCUUUAUUGUCUGAAGGAUCACUUCUCUCUUCUGCCGUUGCACUCCAUCUUCAAAUCGGUGAUGGAGCUAAAUCAAGUAGUUUCCCUUCAGUAUCAUCCCAAAUUUCGUUUAUCCGUCAAGUACUUGUUGAAAAUGAAAAGAAUGACAAUUAUUAUGGAAAAGCUGCUCGGGGUGAUAUUCCUACGGUGGUGAACGUGAAUAACAAGGAUGAAAUUGCUACAUUGAUAAGACUCAAGGAACGUAUCCCAACUCUUCGAUUGGUGAUUCUUGGUGGCACUGAAUCUCAUUUAUUGGCUCAACAUCUAGCCAAAGCAAAUAUUCCUGUGAUCUUACGACCAUCAUUAUGUACACCUGCUGAAUUUGACUCUAUUCAUUGUCUUACUGGGGCACCUUUAACUAACGGUACAGCAGCUCAUAUUCUCCAUCGUCACGGGGUCAAGAUUGGAUUAGGUGUAGCUGAUGAUGGACUUGCUCGAAAUUUGGCUUGGGACGCUGGAUGGUUGGCGGCGACUUCACCUGGCAACAAAAAUCAACAUGGUAUAAGCGAAGAUGAAGCCAUCCGAUUUGUAUCCACCAAUUUACAAGAUAUAUUUUACAACAACAAUGACAAGUUGACCGAUGGUUCCAAUUCCUAUGAUAAUGAUUUCUCUGUUUGGUCUGGUAGUCCUUUUGAUAUGACUAGUCAUUUAGUCUUUGUCCAUACUCAAGAAAAUGGGGUAAAAAUGAUAGUGUAGUUUAUGUAUAGUUUAUGUAGUUUAGUUUUUAUUUUUAUUUACUCAAAUGCGUGUAUGGAUAAACCAGUUUAACUUUUUUUAUGUCAUUCAAAGACAAUUGAAAAAAAAAAAAAUACAUAGCUACUGUAGGAAA